AUGAAAACCCAGAACAACGCUUUAGCACCAACAAGAACAAGACAAAAAACAUCAUUUCCAUCAAGAGCAACCAAGUGGUCACAAGCUGAAGAUGAUGCAUUAAUCGCUAUUGUUCAAGAUCAUCAAAAAGUUAAUUGGAUUGAAGUUGCAAAACGAUUUCCAGGAAAAACACCACAACAAGUUUCUGAAAGAUGGAAUAAGGUCGUCAAUCCUGAUCUUGUUAAAGGAUCUUGGACACGCCAAGAAGAUGAAUUAAUUAUUGAUUUUGUUACAAGAUACGGUACUAAAAACUGGACGAAACUCGCUGCAUUAUUACCAGGAAGAAUCGGAAAGCAAUGCCGUGAACGUUGGAGGAACCACCUUGACCCUUCUAACAACCAUGGUGCAUGGACCGAAGAGGAAGAUGCUAAACUCUUAGAAUUACAUGCACAGUUCGGUAAUCAAUGGGUCAAAAUUGCAUCUAUGAUGCCAGGAAGAUCAGAUAACUCAAUCAAAAACAGAUGGAAUUCUACAUUAAAGAAGAUAUCUCCAGAUCAGGUUUCCAUUGUGAAAUGUCAGCAUUCAACACCAGUUACAGAUAUUCAGAACGUUAUUGCUCCACCGCAAACACCUUCCUCAGUGAAUUACGAUUUCCCUAAGCCAAAUAUCGAUGAGCAGAUUCCAGAACCAUCAUUAGAUCAGAUGUCAACUGGAAUGACUCCACGUAGCUUCGAAUUGAUCUCUCCAUCAUUAAUGAGAUCACCAUUCGGAGCAAUUUCGCCAUUGUUCAAGAAUGAUUCAUUGUUGAGCCCAUGGGGAGAUUCAUCAAAGGGAACUGGCCUCUCUUUAUUCUCUCCUAGCUUCAGCCCAAUGUUUAAAUCUCAGAAUAGAGACCAAAACUCUGCAAAGGAGCCUAAUUUGUUAUCUAUCAUGCAGAGCCUUAACUAG